AUGGCCUUCCUCGCGACACUGUCGGCGCAGACUGAGGAGCUGGUCGCAGCGGUGACGGAAGCGACGGCAACAACUGACUCGUCGACAUUUGCAGCGCUGUGUGAUGCAACACUGCGUGCAUUGCGAAAUCACAACAAUCUUCGGACAAACCAGUUUGAGGUCGAGAGCCAGUUGGACGGUCUGGCCGAGCGGUUCGCCGUGGCCGGCCGCGAUGCGCUGGCUGGUGCUCUGCGGGAACGGCGGACUGCACUCACCAAACACGAUCCCGCCGGGCAGCCAUUGACGACAAAAUGGACACCCGAAGUUUUGCACUUUUUAUUGGAGCUGUCGGAUCGGCCGGCAACCCGACCGGGCCUACUAGACGACCUGGAUGCAUUGAUAGCGUCGCGGCAUAUGCCGGAACCGCCGCCGUUACGAUGGGAGGACAUCAUGCGGGAGGACGGCUGGGCAAGCGAAGCAGACGUUGAGGAGGAUGACUACGACGACGACGACGACUAUGUUGACCGUUACGGCUACGACGACGAUGAAUCCGGCUACGACGACGACACCACCAUGUCCAGCAUCGAGGCCGACGACCACGGCCAAGCACGGACGUAUCGUGACCUCAUUGCAACAGACGGGCAUACACGGGACGAACUGGCAACAUUACUGACGUCCAUCCGCGAGAGUCAAUCUUGGCGAACAGCGCGUCCACCAGAUGCUGCAUCCGGCGAGGACGCGCCAAAUAACAGAGUCCUCGUGUCGGAGCUGCAGAUUGUGCGGGACACUCUCUUCAUGCUGCAGGGGCUGGACACUACUUUGUUUGGCCGUGACUGCGUGCUUGUCGACAAAUUCCGUCUCUCGGAUGUGUCUGUGUCCAUGCACACGUCGCUACUGGAUUCUGUCGCGGACUGCGGCCGACGUCUUCUGCCACUACGGAAGCGUGCAGGGCUCGAGCACUCACAAGGCCGGCAACGGAACGACGCCGCGCCUUCCAUCCCUUUGCUCCAAGUGUUCCAGGAAGCCAUCCAACGGCGGCUCCACGCAUUCGACAAGGAGGUGACCUCGGUUCAGGCUCGGUUUGUGACCAUGCCGUCCGACGGCUGUAUGGUUAGUCUCGUGGGCGUGCUCAACGAGCUGCAGCCAUCGCUCCAAAACCUGUUUGCAUUGUCGGGCGUGGUGGAGAAACUCGACGCCGCAGAGCGCGGCAACGCCUAUGCGUUCCGCUACCUUGAACUCCUGUUUGACGCCACGGCCAUUGCACAGUACGAGGGCAGUGCUAAUUUAUACGAAUUUCUGGGCACAAUCUUCUUCGACUGCUUCCAAGUGUACCUACGGCCGAUCCGGUCAUGGAUGGAGGAGGGCGUCCUGGACCGGCUCGAUAAGGCGUUUUUCGUGUCCGGCGGCGGGCCGAUAGACGCUUCCGUGCCACUGCACCAGAUCUGGAACGGCCAGUACAAGCUGCUCCGUACGACGAGCGGCGUACUGCAUGCGCCGCGGUUCUUGCAGCCAGCAGCUUCCAAGAUUUUCACCACGGGCAAAAGUAUCGUCGUGCUGCGGCACUUGGGCAAAGACCCGGGGCGGGCCCGUGCUAGUAUCGACAAUCGCCACAUCACAGACACCGAACCGCGGCUGGAUUUCGGUACUGUAUGUCCACCAGACGCGGCCAUGGCGCCCUUUGCGCAGCUGUUUGGAGACGCAUUUGACCACUGGAUCCAGAGCAAGCACCACGCGGCCUCGGCCACCCUACAAGCGACGCUCGUGGGCGCAUGUGGCCUGGGCGCUGCAUUGGAGUCGUUACACCGCGUGUUCCUCAUGGCCGACGGUGCGGCAGCUGACGCGUUUGCGUCGCGUGUCUUCCACAGCCUCGACACGCGCAACCCACGCUGGCUUGAUCGGUACACAAUGACAGAGAUGAUACGCGAGGCGUAUGGUGAAAGCGGUGCGCUCUCUGUGGCCCUCGAAAAACAAGGACUGCACCCCGACAGCGACGACCCAUUGGUGGCGCGGCGCUCCGUACGUGACGGCCUGGCUCGCAUCCGGCCGACCUACCGAUUGGCGUGGCCAGUACAGAUUGUGAUCCCAGCUGCGAGCCUUGCCGGCUACCAGUCGGUGUUUACCUUAUUGCUGCAGAUCCGGCGCGCCAGCGCCCUGCUGAGCCGGCACCGGUUGCUGGACGACGGUCAGGGUGAGCAGGGCGACGAGGACGAUAAUAGCAACGGCAACGGAGGUGGCGGCCGUGGCCAUGCCCUUCCGUCCGGCGACCGUGCACUCUACUUUUCCUUACGCGCGCGGCUGUUGUGGUUCUGUAAUACGUUGCAGUCGUACCUGACGACGCUUGUUAUUGCACCGCGUGUUGAGCGGCUGCGACAGCAUCUUCUUGGCCAGAACGGCGCGACCACGCUGGAUGUGGACGACAUGAUUGCGGUGCAUGCGCAAUUUGUGCGGUCACUGGUGGAUGAGGCGCUGCUGGGCGGUAAGCUGGAACCACUGCAUGCAGGCAUGCUGGAUCUGCUGGACCUGGCGCUGCGGCUUGAGGAUGCGCACCGAGCGAAUGGAGCACGAGUGGCACGGGCGCUGCGGGAGACGUGGCGCCUGUCUGUGCUGUCGGCGUCGGUGUCGGCGACGCCCACAUCACGUCAGUAUCAGACACCGACGAAGCGGGGCCGUUGGACAGGCCCAUCGCCUAGAACUGGAGCCGACUCGGUCCGCCGAACGCUGUUCUUGGCGUCGCCGCGGAGGCCGAGAGGCCGAGACGUUCUGGGUGACGAUAACGUCGACGGUGAUGUCGAUGACGACGACGACGAUUAUGAUUACGACGGCUAUGACGACGAGGCUGAGGGGCAGAACAACGAUAAUGACGAAAACGACGACAGCUACGAGACCAAAAACGCUACAAAGACCAACACGCAAGAAAUGGACUACAGCAGCUCCCUUAGGGCCAUUCGCUCUGACCUUGACAACACGUUGCGGUUUGUGACCAGCGGGCUACGCGGUGUGGCGCGGGCCAGCCGUGACGCAACAGCGGCGGCCAAGUGGGACAUGCUGGCGGAAAUGCUUGGCGACGACGGCAGCGGUCGAUCCGAGCGCAGCCGGUGGUGA